AAGGAGUGAGAGGAGAGGGAAGGAUGUCGGAGAGGAUAGCUUCGUGUGGGAGCCUGUAUGACAGCACCAACCUGCUGCUACAGUACUGCAACAACGAUGACACGGUGUCGGCCAGCAGCAACAUGGACAUGGAGGACCGGGUUUCCCACCUGGAGCAGAGGCUGCAGCUGCAGGAAGAUGAGAUCCAGCUGCUGAAAUCAGCUCUGGCUGACGCCCUUCGCCGGCUGGGCUACUGCGAGGAGCAGAGCCUGGGCUUGCAACCAGGAGGCGGCCAUGCUACCGGGAGGAGAUCCCUGGCCACCACAGCUUCAGCACCACCAACCAAAGUGCGUCAGCUCCUGCAGGCUCUUCCCUCCAGACCUCUGAGUAACGGCUACGUUCAACAGAAACGCCUCCUCUCCUCUCCUUCCUCCCCGAAGAAGGAGGUGCUACAGUCCAUUAAGAGGAAGAGUAUGUCCACAGAGCGCCUCACCCUGGUGAGGAGAGAGAUGGGAGCAGAGAGUCGGAGUCGAACCACCUCCUCCAGCAGCUCCUCCGGAGGCAAAAGCAAAUCCAAAGAAUGUACCCUCAACGCAGAGGACGGCUACGUGAGGAUGUUCCUCCGAGGUCGUCCUGUCACCAUGCACAUCCCUGAUCAGCAGAGGGAGAGCUACACCCUCGACCACAAGGUGGCGCUACCUGACCGCAAGCUCAAACUGCAGUGGGUGUAUGGCUACCGCGGACGUGACUGCCGCUCCAACCUCUACCUGCUGCCCACAGGAGAGAUCGUCUACUUCAACGCCUCAGUGGUGGUGCUGUACAACACCGAGGAGCAGCAGCAGAGGCACUACCUGGGCCACAACGACGAUGUCAAAUGCCUGAGUGUGCAUCCGGACAUGGUUACCAUAGCAACGGGCCAAGUGGCUGGAAACUCUAAGGAUGGAAAGCUUCUGUCUCCUCACGUCCGUGUCUGGGACUCUGUGAGCCUCAACACGCUCCAUGUGAUCGGGAUGGGAGUGUUCGACAGGGCGGUCACCUGCGUGGCUUUCUCCAAGUCGAACGGCGGCGCCUUCCUCUGCGCUGUGGAUGAUGCCAAUGAUCACAUCCUGUCGGUCUGGAACUGGCAGAAGGAGAAGCAAGUGGCUGAGGUCAAGUGCUCCAAUGACUCUGUACUGGCUGCUGUGUUUCAUCCCAUGGAUGCCAACCUGAUUGUCACUUGUGGAAAAUCUCACAUCAACUUCUGGACCAUGGAGGGCAACACUCUCACCAAGAGGCAGGGCUUGUUUGAGAAACAUGAGAAGCCAAAGUAUGUGUUGUGUGUGGCGUUUGCUGAGAAUGGAGACGCCAUCACAGGAGACUCCAGUGGAAACAUCUACGUCUGGGCCAAAGGUGGUAACCGCAUCAGUCAGCAGGUGUCGGGGGCCCACGAGGGCGGGAUUUUCUCCGUUUGCGUUCUGAAGGAUGGCACCAUGGUGUCUGGAGGAGGGAAAGACCGCAAGGUGGUGCUGUGGGGCCACGACUACAGAAAACAAGCUGAGAUGGAGGUGGGCGAGUCCUUUGGUCCUGUACGGGCUCUGGCUGAAGGUAAACCUGGAGAACUCUUCAUAGGAACCACCAAGAACGCCAUCAUCAGAGCUGCCUUCCCUGAUACGUUAACUCCUAUUGUGCAGGGUCACACGGAUGAGCUGUGGGGUCUGGACAUCCAUCCCUCCAUGGAGCAGUUUGUCACCUGCUCCCAGGACAGACAGGUUCACCUGUGGGACACCAUCUCCCAUCAGCCCCUCUGGAGCAAGACCAUCGAGGAUCCAGGGAGGUCUGCUGGUUUCCAUCCCAGCGGGGCUGUUCUGGCUGUGGGGACCAUGACUGGAAGGUGGUUGGUGCUGGACACUGACACACGGGAUCUUGUUUCUAUGCACACUGACGGCAAUGAGAUCAUUUCCAACGUCAAAUACUCUCCAGACGGUAACUUCCUGGCUGUUGCUUCCCAUGACAACUUUGUUUACAUCUAUGCUGUGACGGAGAACGGCCGAAAGUACAGCCGAGUGGGGAAAUGCACCGGCCACUCCAGCUUCGUCACCCAUCUGGACUGGUCAGCAGACAGCCAGUACCUCGUCACCAACUCAGGAGACUACGAGAUCCUCUUCUGGGAGGCAUCCAGUGGUAAACAUGUGACCAACAUGGACACAGUGCGCAACCUGGAGUGGGCCACUUCCACCUGCACUCUGGGCUUCAACACCUUCGGAAUUUGGCCGGAUGGAGCAGACGGCACAGACAUCAACGCUGUGUGCAGGUCACAUGACGGAUCCCUGCUGACCUCUGCUGAUGACUUUGGCAAAGUGCACUUGUUCUCCUUCCCCUGCUCUCAACCAAGGGCUCCGAGCCACGAGUACGGUGGCCACAGCAGUCACGUGACCAAUGUUGCCUUCCUGCAUGAUGACAGUCACCUGAUCUCCACCGGCGGGAAAGACACCAGCAUCCUGCAGUGGGUGGUUGCCUAGGCAAUGCAUGCCAUCAGCAUCGCUAAUCCCCACAGUCAGGGGCCAGCAUCCUCUCUGACCCCUGUCACCUUUUCACUGUUUUAUCCUCCUGCCACCAGGGGGCAGUAUCUCCUCUGUGCCUACUGGAAAUAAGUUAAAAACCACAUACACAACUUGACCGACCCUCAGAUGAGAUGACGAGUAUCCUUGUAAUAAAUGACAUAUUAUUUAGUGUCCUGCUGUUUUGUAAUAGAAUGUAGAGAAAAUGACUUGUUGCCAUGCAGGAAGUGAAUCCUAACUGUUCCCAAAAAAUCAACUACUGCGACACCAACUCAGCUAGAAGCUGCUGAUGGUGACCACACAGUACACCUGUGAUUUUAUCAUUAGUACUAACUGUGCCUGAACUGUAUUUAUCUAACCCCCUUUAAUGGGAAUUCCACCUAUUUUAAAGGAGAGAUUUGAAAAGAAAAGUUCCUUAAUUACAAAUCUGUACUGUACGCUUCAGUUUUGUUGGCCAUUUUUGAGUACAUGCUACACAGUUAUAGUAAUAUAUUUUUAUUUUAGAGUUUGUUGGAUUUUUGAUUUUUGUUGGAAGUUGGAUUUUCUCCAAUUUCAAGCAGCUAUUGGCUUCCAUUCAUUUCAAUAAAGUAUGAGAAUCAUUUAGCAGACUCUUGAUACUUUCUUCUGGUAGAUGGGUUAAUGCAGUACAGACUUUUCAAAUCAGCCUGUACUAGAAAAGCAUCACCACCCAACCAGAAUGAUUUUCACUGUAACUGACCACACAACUGAAAUAUUUUCUUAUAGAUUUUCUUAUACUAAAUCCAUAGAAACCAAUGGAUUCUUAAAAAUAAAGAAUAAAAUACACUUAACUUUCUUUAAAACAGCGGCUCGGUUUGCAAAACGCUGAGCUGUUGUAAAGCAUGCAUUAUUUGAAAUAACAGGGUUAAAACAUGCAAAAUACCACCACCCUUUUAAAAGUUCAUGUAAGUUCUGCACCCCAGGUGAGUGUAGCUGAUUCUCGUGAGCAUUCCCAAAGCCAGAAAUCACAGUUUUAAGCCUUCAAACUUGAGCAGGGAUGUAGUAAAACAGAAUGUAACCUCGUCAAGAUGUGAUAUUAAGUGAGUGUUCCUGUCCAUUAGCUUCAAGCUUUAAGAAAAAGUGAUGCAUGUUUGGAACAACUAACUGACAGUCAAAGGAAGAUUGUAUUAGAAUCCUAAAAUGGGUGGGACUCCCCUUGAAAGUGACUAUAACCCCACUGCCUUGUUAGCUUCCACUUUUACAUCCCUCCACCUGAUUUACAAGCUCUUAAAGUGCAGAUUGUUUCAAAGUAUUACAGAUUGUUGCUGGAGAUUGUAAAUGGUACGAAGUGGCUGUUUUGUCCCGAGCCUCUCAUUUCGCCCCCGCCCCUCUGGGCUAAAGUGUUCCUGAUUGUACUACUACUGUAACUCUGCUGAGAGGGCACUAGAUGGCGUUACAAUGCAAGAGAAAAAGCAUGAUCGAGGCUGCCCUCCUCCUGUAGAUGCUGUUUAUGUCGCAAAGGUCUAUAAAGUAAAUAUAUGUAUUAUGCAGUAUAUCCGAGUGGCUGUGUUAUUUAAUAAUUAACUGUAACAAUGAUGGAUGUUAUAUUAUUCUAGUGGCACUUUUAGCGAUUGACAGAGGGUAUUGUAGGCUGCUGUGCUGUGAAAGUGAGCUUGAGCUGUGCUUUGCCUUCUGUUUUGUUAAUAAAGUUUUUACCCAG